UCCCAUCAAGAUGCCGUUGUUUACAAGCAAGGGGAAUGCUCUUAACCUAACAGUCUACAUUGUCACCUUACUGACCGGCUGGCCUUCAAACCUGCUGGCUCUACAUGCCUUCUACCAGAAACUGCGCCGCAAACCCACCCCCGGCACCAUCUUCCUCUUCAAUCUCACCCUUUCUGACCUUUUUUUCCUCACCUUCCUCCCUUUCAAGACCAUCGAGGCGGCCGCCGGCAACAUUUGGAGCCUCCCUGCCUACCUGUGUCCUCUGAGUGGUCUAUUCCACUACAGCACCAUCUACAGCAGCAUCCUCUUCCUAACUGCAGUCAGUGUGGAUCGAUACCUGGGGGUCGCCUUUCCGUUCUGCUACAAAAUGCACCGCAAGCCAUCAUAUGCUUUGGCGGUCAGUCUCUUCCUGUGGGUUUGUGCGUUCACCCAUUGCAGCAUCGUCUACAUCACAGAGCUCAGACGAGACUGGAGCGAGGCGGCCACCAACCUCUCUGUUUGUUACGACAACUUCACCCCGCAGCAGUUGGCAGUCCUCUUACCUGUCCGUUUGGAGCUCGGCAUCAUACUGUUCUGCGUACCCUUGCUUAUCACUUGCUUCUGUUACUGCAGCUUCACCUGGAUUGUCAUGUCUUCUGCUCACUUGCACAAGGAGAAAAAGCGCAGGGCUGUGGGCUUAGUCCUAGCCACCCUCGCCGUCUUCCUGAUCUGUUUCACGCCCUAUAACGUCUCCCACAUCGUCGGGUACAUCCAAGGGAGCAGUCCAGGCUGGAGAGACGAGGCAUUGCUUUUCAGCACAUUCAAUGCCUGCCUAGAUCCUAUCAUUUUCUAUUUCUCAUCCACAGCAGUCCAGCAGUCCUGUUGGACGUGUCUGAGGACCCUAGGAAUUAAGAAAUGCACGGGGAGCCCCUUCCAAUACUUAUCCAACACCUUUAGGUCCAGGAAAAAUGAGAGCUCUGGGGAAGUUCAGUGUACCAAGCUGUGAAUAAGUGCAAGAACUGAUAAAUGCAUUGAAACAAAAAGUAAACCAGUGUUCCCGUUCACAUGAAAAGAACACCUAGACCUUUUUAGUUCACAUAAGAGGGUUUUUUAAUUGGAAAAUAUGGAAGCAGGUUCUAUCUUCAUAUGAUAUUACAGACUUCCGAUGGAACAAAACUGAAUGCAAACCAGGCAAAUAACAUUAAGAAACACAACCAUGCUCUCCUGUGCAAACACAGCCACACACCCACAUUUAUCUCGCAGGGACAGGAAUUAACCCUGUCCUUGCCAACCACCAACACAUUUUUUACAGGCAGCGAUUUGCCCUGCAACGCCACUGUACAAGCCUCACUACAACAGGAAUUGCAGCUAUUGGCAAAUGCAGCCAUUGUGGAGCUCAGGGUCAAGCGACAUUUAAAGAGACUUGUCAAAAUGUUAGCCGACCAGCAUAAGAAGUUUUUCAUUGUAUGCUGCUGUAGUACUGCAAGACCC